AUGAAAAAGACUCCUUUUUCCCGCCUCAGUCCGCACGGCAGGAAUCUGGACCCGUAUCCAGUGUCUGAGCGCAGCACACAGUGUAUAACUGUUUACCUUGUGUGUUUUUCUAACCAGAGAAUCACCCAGGUUAUCAACUGUAACAUGCUAUCAGUUCCUCAAAUGACCAGACUGGUUCUUCCAGGCAUGAUUGAAAGAGGGCUGAUCAUCAACAUGCCCUCUGAGGUUGGCGUCCGUCCACAGCCGUUGUUGUCUCUUUAUUGUGCCACUAAGAUUUUUGUAAUAUAUUUCUCUCAGUGUCUUCAUGCUGAGUACAAGUCAAAGGGAAUCACAGUGCAGUGUGUGGCUCCCAUGGUGUCCACCAACAUGACGAACAACAGGACAGCCAACUGCUUCGUGAGGAGUUCCUCAGGGUUUGUCCGCGAGGCCCUGAACACUGUGGGUCUCUCCAGCUUCACCAGUGGCUCUCUGUCCCACGCUCUCCAGAACAUUGCUCUCACAAUACUGCUGCCAGACUGGUUUCGUAUGUCAACGUUCUUCAUCAGAAAGCUACGAAAUAAAGCAGAAGCCGACAAAUAUUAUAAAAGAGUAUGCAAGGAAACGCUUGUUGAAAAGGAGGAUUAG